AAAAAUCAGAAUCAAUAAUUGAGAAUAAGGGGCCAGGCUGUAAAUUGCAACCAAAUGUUUGCCAAAUGAAGAACGUUGACUUGAAUUCCACUACUUGUCAAACAAUAUGCUGAAAGAAGCCAUUUUUGUUAAAAGGGAAGCUAAGGAAUAGAAUCUAGCAAAGAAAGCCUAAAGCUCAGCUUCCUUAAAUUUUAGGAGAAACGGGAUCAAAAUGCCUGUGGGGGAGCUCUUUCUAUCUGCAUUCAUUCAAGUACUAUUCCAGCAAUUAGCCACAACCGCAACAAAAGCAUUAGCCCGUCGCGAAAAAGUCGAAAGCCAUUUCAAGAAGUUAAGCCAAAACCUAUCGGUUAUCCAGGCAGUGCUCGAUGACGCAGAGGAGAAGCAAUUAAUGGAGAACUCUGUAAAAGUGUGGCUCGAGAAUCUCAGAGACUUAGCCUACGAUUUGGACGACAUGUUGGAUUACAUCAUCACCCGAUCUUUAAUUCAAGAUUCCAAAGGAGUCCAGCAAAAUAGAACCAGCAGGGUGUGGAAAUUCAUCCCUACUUGCAGCGGUUACACGCCCGGUGCACUCGUGUCGAACUAUAAAAUGAUGUCCAAGAUUAAAGAACUCACGAGCCGAUUGGAAAAUGUGGCGAAGCAAAGAAUCGAUUUAAAAUUGAGGGAGAAUUUGGGGGGUUUCGACCGUCGUUUGGUGAUCAGGUCUCCGAGCACUUCUUUGGUCAACGAGUCUCAUGUGUAUGGAAGAGACGAAGACAAAGAAGCCAUAACCGAGAUGCUGCUCGGUGACGUGGCACCCAAUGAGGACGUUUCGGUGAUUCCGAUAGUUGGAAUGGGCGGUAUCGGAAAAACGACUCUAGCACAGCUUGUGUACAACGAUAAAAACGUGAGGAAGAACUUCCACGUGUGGGCGUGGGUGUGUGUUUCCGAAGAGUUCGACGUGGUUUCCGUCACGAAAACAAUUUACGAGGCGGUGACAGGUGUCAGUGGAAAGUCGAAAGACUUGGACAAUCUUCAAGUGAGCCUAAAGGAGAAGUUGGCAAAGAACAAGUUCCUUAUUGUAUUGGACGAUGUUUGGAACGAGAAUUACGGAAAGUGGUACGAUUUAUGUCGGCCUUUUCAAUUUGGGUUGACCGGGAGCAGAAUUAUUGUCACGACUCGUAACGAAAGCGUAGCAUCUGUGGUGGGGUCCCCUCUUAUAGCCUACCAUAUGAAAUUGUUGACCGACGACGAUUGUUUAUCUUUAUUGGCUCAACACGCUCGAAGAUCAUUCGAAGAGAAUACGGAGUUGAAAGAAGUCGGCUUGGGUUUGGUGAAGAAGUGCAAAGGCUUGCCUUUGGCUGCUAAAACACUCGGUGGACUUUUACGCUCGAAAGAAACUAAAAACGAAUGGGAAAAUGUGCUAAACAGCAAAAUAUGGGAUUUACCGGAGGAAAACGAUAUUCUUCCCGUUUUACGAUUAAGCUACCACCAUCUUCCGUCACAUUUGAAGCAUUUGUUUGCUUAUUGCUCCAUUUUUCCGAAAGAUUACGAGUUUGACAAAAACGAGCUGAUUCUUUUAUGGAUGGGCGAGGGUUUUCUCGAGCAGCCAAACACGAGGAAAAGAAAGGAGGAGUUAGGUCUCGAGUAUUUCAACGAGCUCUUAUCGAGAUCGUUUUUCCAACGAUUAAGUGGGAGCGAUUCCGGUUUUGUUAUGCACGAUCUUAUGAACGACUUGGCUCAGUUUGUUGCGGGUGGAACUUGCUACCGGCUGGACGAAAAAUUGGAUACUACUCAAGAGUACCAAAUACCCGAAAAGGCGCGUCACGGCUCUUUUCUUCGCCACGAAUACGAAGUUUUCAGAAAGUUUAAGGCCUUCUAUAGAGUACGAGGUUUGAGAACUUUCUUACCGAUGCCUGUCGAAAAUUCGCUUGUCUGGCCGCCUUUUUACUUAUCGAACAAGAUUCUAGUUGAGCUUGUACCUGAAUUGCAGAGCUUACGAGUGCUGUCUGUGAGCGGAUAUUCAAUUACGGAGCUGCCUAGUUCGAUAUGCAACUUGAUACAUUUACGGUACCUUAAUGUGUCAGGUACUUCGAUAGUUACGUUGCCCGAUUCUUUGGGCGAUCUUUUCCAAUUGCAAACUCUCUCAUUACACAACUGCCGUUUCAUAUGCAAGUUGCCUCCGACAAUAGGGAAUCUUUCGAACUUGCGGCAUCUGGAUAACUCCAACACCGAUCAAUUGAAAGAUAUGCCAGUCGAAGUCGGUAAUUUGAAAAACCUGCAGACGUUGCCGAAGGUUGUUUUGAGCAAAGACGGUGGAUUGGGAUUGAGACAGUUGCGCGAUCUGAAACUCUUGCGGGGCCCGCUCGCCAUUUUAGAGCUGCAAAACGUGACGGAUAUCGAGGAUGUGAAAGAGGCGAGUUUGAGCAGUAAACAAGAACUCGAUGAAUUACAGCUUGCAUGGGGAAGUGACAUCGGUAAUAAUAAUAAUAGAAUUUCGGAAAAAGAUGUGAUGGAGCAUUUGCAGCCUCACGAAGAUUUGAGAAGCCUCAAGAUUGAAUUUUAUCGAGGAUUGGAUUUUCCGAGCUGGAUUGGGGACCCUGGUUUUCGAAAAUUAUCGAGUAUAAGCAUAAGCAACUGUUCCGAAUGCACAUCUUUACCACCGUUAGGACAGCUUCCCGAGCUUAAAGAGCUCCGUGCAAUAAAUAUGCCGAAAGUCAAACGAAUCGGUAACGAGUUUUACGGGAGCAGCGUUUUAGUCCCGUUUCCAAAACUGGAAACUCUGAGAUUCGAUAACAUGCCGCAAUGGGAGAAAUGGACAUCUUUUGGUGAUUCCAUCCAAAUAAAAUUCCCCCAUCUUAAUCAGCUUUCUAUUUUCAAAUGCGGAAAACUAACCGACGUAUCUCCUUUGUGCUUUCCCGUUCUUCGUCAGUUGGAUCUCGAGGAGUGCAAUAAAGUUUUAUUGGAAAGUUUUUCGACUCUCGAUUCCGUAAAUUACUUGAAGAUCGAGGGCAUUACGGGAAUUUCUCGUCUGCCGGAGAAACUCACGCAGUCCUUAACAGCACUCGAAGUUUUGGAGUGCUGCACCUGCAAAGAGCUGACAUCGCUGUGGGCCCCGCUCGAACAUCUCCCAAACCUAAGGCGCCUCGUAAUUGCAGACUGCUCUCGGCUCGUCUCUUUUGGGCAAGGAGAGAAGCAGCUCCCUUGCAACCUCGAAGUUCUCGAAUUAUUUCGGUGCCCAAAUUUUCUUUACCUACCAGACGACUUGAGCAAUCUAAAAUCUCUACGUGAGCUGAUUAUCAAGAAUUGUGUUAAAUUCAUUGGAUUUCCGUAUAACGGUAUUCCGUCGACACUCAAACGCCUCGAAAUACUCAGCUGCAAUUCACUCGAGUCUUUGCCGAAUGACAUUUCCGCCCUCGAAAGACUCGAGAUUAAAGAAUGCUCAUAUCUGAAGAGAUUGUCGAACGGUAAUAAUUUCCCGACCGCCCUCAAGAAAUUCGCGGUCAAGAACUGCAAACGGUUAGAGGCCGUAUCGGAAAGUACGAAUGUACCCCGUGACAACAGCAGCAUGUUGUUGGAAGAUCUUAGUCUAUGCAAUUGGCAGAGAUUGAGUAGCUUACUCCACCAAUUGGACGGGUUUUCGCACCUAGUCGAACUCAAUCUAUCGAGUUGCUCGGGUUUACGGCAUUUCCCCGAACAAGGAUUGCCUCCGAGCCUAAGAGCACUCUCGAUCGAAGAUUGCGCGAAUUUAAAGUCGUUGCCAUCAAAGAUACAAACCAUGAGAUCGCUCGUUUCGCUGGAAUUACGAAGCUGCCCCAGAUUAGAUAAUUUCCCGGAAUUCGAUUUGCCGCCGAAUUUGUCGUCGCUAAGGAUAUGGGAUUCGAAGAGGUUGAAGCCGUUGAACAGGUGGGGCCUACACAGGCUGUCUUCUCUGAGGGAGUUUUCGAUAUGCGGUGGGUAUAAAGAGAUUGAGGUGCUUUGUGGUAAUGACAACGAUGAUGACUGUAUAUUUCCGGGUUCGUUGAUAAAAUUCUCGAUAGCUCGAUUUCCGAAAUUGGGUACGCUUUGUAAGGUUUUGGAGAAUCUUGAUUUGCUGAGGCAUUUGUCGAUUAUGAACUGCGCGAAGCUUAGUGUGCUGCCUAGUGAAAGGGUGCUGGAAAAGCUGUGGCAUUUGGAGAUAAGUGAGUGCCCGAUUUUGACGGAGCAGUGUGCGAGAGGGAAAGGGGAGUAUUGGGGGAAGAUAGCUGGGAUUCCUUGUGUCGAGAUUGAUGGUACUUAUGUUUAUAAACAAGGUGCUGUUUGAGUUGUUCUUUCUGAAGAAUUUCUAACUUGCUUUAUGUACAUUUGUUUCUUGUUUCUUAGUGUUUUGUGUAAGAAGAGUGUGUUCUUUUGUUUGGGCGGGAUAUUUCGAAUUUGUAGACGGAAAAUUCAAAUUGAAAAUAGACAACUUAGACUGAUGUAUUUUUGAUUGCAUCUAUUCAUGUACUGUUAAGAGCAGACACUACCUCGGCUGAAGUAGAAUCGAGGAGAGAUGAGCACCAAAUAGAGAACCAUCCUAGACAACUUCCAUCAGCCGACCUAGGCAACUUCCAUCAGCCGACCUCGCCAAACCACCCGAACCGCAGCCAUGGUCAGCCGAAGUUAGAGAAGCAUCAAAAUUAAUUAUAACUUCAUCUCUUGGAGGGGCCACCCAGCUGGAAUUCAAUGUUCUCGUAGAAAGACGAAGCUUAUGGUGGUUGUAAUUAUUCAAACAUGAGGAUUUUUUUUUAAUUUGGCCUUACCUUAAAGGGUGGUUGUAAUUUAUCCUAAUACGAAAGAAAAUCAGACUUUAAGCAAAAUGUGAAUAUAUAUAAAAUAGUUUGGUUU